AUGCCGGCGUUUUACGGAGGAAAACUCACCACCUUUGAGGAUUCCGAGAAGGAGAGCGAGUAUGGUUACGUUCGCAAGGUUUCAGGUCCUGUUGUUGUUGCGGAUGGAAUGGCUGGUGCGGCUAUGUAUGAGUUAGUGCGUGUCGGGCAUGAUAACUUGAUUGGUGAGAUUAUUCGGCUGGAAGGAGAUUCCGCCACAAUCCAAGUUUAUGAAGAAACUGCUGGAUUGACGGUUAACGAUCCUGUUCUUCGAACACACAAGCCACUGUCAGUGGAGCUUGGACCAGGGAUAUUGGGAAACAUCUUCGAUGGAAUUCAGAGGCCUUUGAAGACUAUUGCGAGAAUAUCUGGUGAUGUGUACAUCCCUCGUGGGGUGUCUGUUCCAGCUCUUGACAAAGAUUGGCCAGCUCAAUCACUAGCUGUUGGACCACAAGCGAGAUACCCCGUGGAUACUGUGUUAGAGCUUGAAUUCCAGGGGGUGAAAAAAUCCUACACCAUGCUUCAGAGCUGGCCUGUACGUACACCUAGGCCCGUUGCAUCAAAGCUCGCUGCUGAUACUCCUCUACUUACAGGACAGCGUGUCCUUGAUGCUCUUUUCCCGUCGGUUCUUGGUGGAACAUGUGCGAUUCCUGGUGCUUUUGGCUGUGGUAAAACUGUUAUCAGUCAGGCUCUUUCCAAGUACUCCAACUCUGAUGCUGUUGUUUAUGUUGGUUGUGGAGAGCGAGGAAAUGAAAUGGCUGAGGUACUUAUGGAUUUCCCACAAUUGACAAUGACUUUGCCUGAUGGCCGUGAGGAAUCUGUCAUGAAGCGUACCACACUUGUAGCCAACACCUCCAACAUGCCUGUGGCUGCUCGUGAAGCCUCUAUUUACACAGGAAUCACUAUUGCCGAAUAUUUUAGAGAUAUGGGAUACAAUGUUAGUAUGAUGGCAGACUCAACCUCCCGUUGGGCAGAAGCAUUGAGAGAAAUUUCUGGACGUCUGGCUGAAAUGCCUGCUGAUAGUGGAUAUCCUGCCUAUCUAGCAGCGCGUCUAGCGUCUUUCUAUGAACGUGCUGGUAAAGUAAAAUGUCUUGGUGGACCAGAACGUAAUGGAAGUGUCACAAUCGUCGGUGCUGUUUCUCCACCUGGUGGUGACUUCUCAGAUCCUGUGACUUCUGCAACACUUAGCAUUGUUCAGGUCUUUUGGGGUUUGGACAAAAAGCUUGCCCAGAGAAAACAUUUCCCUUCUGUUAAUUGGCUGAUUUCCUACUCCAAGUAUUCUACGGCAUUGGAAUCUUUCUACGAAAAGUUUGAUCCAGAUUUCAUCAACAUCAGGACAAAGGCCAGAGAGGUGUUGCAGAGGGAAGAUGAUCUUAAUGAAAUUGUCCAGCUUGUAGGAAAAGAUGCGCUAGCUGAAGGUGAUAAAAUCACUUUGGAAACAGCUAAGCUAUUGAGAGAAGACUACCUUGCUCAAAAUGCGUUCACAGCCUACGACAAAUUCUGUCCUUUCUACAAAUCUGUGUGGAUGAUGCGUAACAUUAUUCAUUUCUACAACUUGGCCAAUCAGGCUGUUGAGAGAGCAGCUGGAAUGGAUGGUCAAAAGAUUUCUUACACACUCAUUAAACAUCGCUUGGGAGAUCUUUUUUACCGUUUAGUGUCUCAGAAGUUUGAAGAUCCAGCUGAGGGUGAGGAUACACUUGUAGCCAAAUUCCAGAAGCUGUAUGACGAUCUGACUUCUGGAUUCCGCGCUUUGGAGGAUGAAACUCGAUAA